CAUGCAAGUAGCCAGUGAAAAUGUGUUCCACUCAGCAAAAUUAAUAAACGAAGGAAAGAGAUAUUCCUUUUUCUGAACAGCCAAAGGAAAGAGAGAAGUGAUUUUUUGUGAGUUUCAUGCAUAUGCGAGAGGCAUCGAAAGAGAAGGGGGUUUGGAACAGCAAAUGGAUCAAGACAAGGUAGAGAAUGGCCAUGUUUCUGAUAGCGCUGAAGGAAGUUUGACAACUUCAGUUCUCAUCAUUUGCGUGAUUGCAGCCUCGGCUGGGUUAAUGUUUGGCUAUGAUAUUGGUGUUUCCGGGGGAGUGACGUCAAUGGAACCGUUUCUGAAGAAGUUCUUCCCGUCGGUGCUGAAGAAGAUGGCCGAUAAUCACACCACACAACAAGACGUGUAUUGCACAUUCAAUAGUCAAGUCCUGACGGCGUUUACCUCCUCAUUGUACGUAGCCGGUCUGGUGGCAUCUUUAGCCGCUGGCCUCGUCAUGAACAGCACGGGGCGCAAAGGGACUUUGGUUAUUUCGGGCAUCUUAUUCUUAGUGGGCUCCGCCCUUGAUGCUUCUGCCAUCAACGUUGAAAUGCUCAUUUUCGGACGCCUUUUUCUUGGAAUCGGAAUUGGUUUCGCCAAUCAGGCGGCUCCGAUCUAUCUCUCAGAAAUGGCUCCACCAAAAUGGCGCGGCACCUUGGCCACAGCCUUCCAGUUCUUCCUCACUUUCGGCAACGUUAUGGCCACUCUAGUUAACUUUUUCGCAGCUGGGCUCAAGGAGUCCGGCUGGCGCGUGUCCCUAGGCUUCGGUGCAGUACCCGCCGCCAUCAUGACAGUUGGCGCGCUCUUCAUCCCCGACACCCCUGGUAGCCUUGUCCAACGCGGCAAAAUUCAUAAAGCCCGAGAAUCUCUCAGCCAAGUCCGAGGGAUUGACUCCGACAACGAAGCCGAGCUGAACGACAUCAUGAGCUCCAACGAGGCAGCAAAAGCCAGUCAUGAGGGGCCGUAUACGCUGAUACUUCAUCAGCGUUAUCGGCCCCACCUCGUGCUGACCGUAGCGGUAGGGUUGUUCCAGCAGCUCACGGGGAUCAACCUGGUGGCCUUUUACGCGCCGGUCCUGUUUCGGACGUUCGGCUGGAGUGGCAGCUCGGCUUUGCUCGGAGCCAUCUUACUUGGCAUGGUUAAUUGUGGCUCUACCCUCGUUUCAACGUAUUUGGUCGAUAGAGCUGGUCGAAGGUUUCUUUACUUGGAAGGUGGGAUCCAAGUUUGCAUAUCUCAGGUGGCCAUUGCAUGCAUAAUAGCAUCCGAAGUCGGCGAUUCUGGCACCGCCGCACUCUCCAACACCGGAGCUGUAGCCAUACUAGUCCUCAUGUGCAGCAUUGGCGCGGCGUUCGGGUGGUCAUGGGGCCCUCUCACUUGGAUCAUUCCAAGCGAGAUACUGCCUCUAGAAGUCCGGCCAGCUGGACAGGCUAUCUGCAUCGCCUCCAACUUCGCCCUCACGUUUGUUCUUGCCCAGAUAUCCCUGGCCAUGUUCUGCCACCUCAAGUACGGCGUGUUCUUGCUCUUUGCUGCGGUGGUUAUGAUCAUGACUGUUUUCUUGGCUCUGUUUCUGCCCGAGACGAAAGGGAUUCGACCGGGAUCCAUGGGAGAAGUCUGGAAGAACCACUGGUAUUGGCGUCGAUUCGUUGAACAGAUGUCCAUUGGGGAUGAUCACUUAUCAACGUAGCUGGGUAGGAAUGGCAAUCUGUUAUCGUGAGGGUGUAUAAGCAGUUUCUCACCCGAGAAUCGCUCGAGUAGCUAGGAAAGAUAAUGUAUCAUUAAAAGGUUAAUCCUGCAGACGAAACCAGUGUUUCGAAAGGCAUAGUUGACUAAGUUGAGACUCGCCGCAAGGCAAGGCAACCAAAAUAUGUAUUAGAAGUUCGAAUAUUUAUGCAUCAUUUCCGGGUAGAAGAUGACACUCAAUAUUCAACCUGUGUAGGACAAACAAAUUUCCUUCUAACAGCUAAAUA